UCAUGCGACGGCUGGACUGUUAUGCAUGGUAAGCCGAUCAGGGAAAUGAUCAUACGCGUUAACUGUAAAAAAUAUAAGUAUGUCUGAUCUUGAAGACCCGCUCUACAAGGACUGGGUGCGUUCUGCCCUGAGUCUAAAGUACCUUAAAGAAGGCAUAUAUAGCUUUGUUGACCAAUUUGCUAAACAACAUCAUAGUAACCUUCUUCUUAGUUACAUAAAGGGUACCGGGUCCCCUGCGACCAGUUGCACUGAAUGUACGUCCGAAAAUCUCAUGCCAGAUCAUCCAAGGCACCGGUGUAUUCAAAAAUUUAGAUCAAAGUGUUUCUGUAACAAUCCUGUUGGACGACGAAAAUGUCCUAACAACUUCUGCAGCAGAUUCUAUGACUUAAUUGUUAUUGCUCAUGACGAAAGAAACCCUUUAUGGAUCAACACGGACCCGAGAAAAUGGUAUAGUGAUCAUUGGGAAAUCGCUAAGUGUUAUCUCUCAACUACUGGUUAUUCAGAGCACGGGACAGCUGCUGACACAGACGCUGCUGGCCUAUUAUCAAUUAUUAUCAAUAACAUCGAGAUACGUAACUACGUUUGUAGCAUAGAUAAUAUAAGAAAGGUUCGGGAUAUCCGCAAUGAUAUUAUGCAUUCAAAAUCCUUCCAAGUGGAUCAAAGUUCUUUAUAUCAAUAUAUCGAACAGAUGAUUUUAGUUCUUCAAGAUCCCAAGAUUUUAGUCACAGAUGUAGCUGCUCAAAAUGCCGUUUUAAAAUUGGAGAAGUUAAAGAGAGAUCAGAUAUUCAUAAGCGUAGAAGAUGCUUAUGAAAUGCGAAGACACGCUCUAAAAGCUGGCGAGGAUGGUGUAAAAAAGAUCGAAAAAACUAAAGACGAAGCCAUUCAACAAAUGGAGACGAAGAGAAAAGAAAUUCAUGAUGAUUUAGAUUCACGCUUUGACCAGCGGCUACUGGAACAGAACAAGGAAAUCAAAGCUGAAACGAUACGUAUGCAAACAGAGAAGAAUGAGUUCGAAAGUAGAUAUCAAACAGCUGUGAACGAAAUUGAAACAAAGGGGAAGCAGAUUACAGAUAACAUCGAUGCAUACUUUGAGAGCCGAGUGAAUGACCAUGAAAACAAAGUCGACGAUCAGUCUAAAGAAAUUUCUGGUUGUUUGAAACUCUGAAUUCUGGACUGACAGGGAAGAUGAAAGAG